AUGGAUACGGAGUAUCUCUUCAAAAUACACUACAAGAGCCAUGGAAAACCGAAUCGGCCUGACCUCAAAAACGAGAAGGCCAAAUGCCAUUGGUGCCAAUUACGCGCAUUUUCGACCAGCAAAACCUUCCCCGUAGCUAUCGUCAAUGACGUCGACAGCGAUUUCAUCCCGCGCGACUUCGUAUUAAUCGAGAACUGCGAGCCAGGCAAAGGCAUCGAGCUCCCGGAUCCCGAGUUCUGCGUUGGCUGCGAAUGUACAGACCAUGAUACGUGCAAAUCUGAUGAAUGUUCCUGUCUGCAGGACAUGACGGUUCUAGACGAGACGGACGAAGACAAAUACGUGUACGAGUCGAAGGGUGGGAAGGAUACGUUGAGAGCAGAUUACCUGGAUACGCGGGAGCCUAUCUACGAAUGUCAUGAUAAAUGUUACUGUGGUGAGAAUUGUCCGAAUAGGGUCGUGGAGAGGGGUCGCAAGAUCACAUUGCAGAUCUUCCGGACUGAAGAUAACCGUGGUUGGGGAGUACGGUCGAAGGAAUACAUAAGUAAAGGCCAGUUCGUAGACAAAUACGUUGGUGAAAUCAUUACGGCGGAAGAGACAGAGCGCCGACGCCAACUUUCGGACGUUGCGCAGAAGAAGGACGUAUACCUCUUCGAACUGGAUAAAUUCAAGGGCGACGCAGAUCGAGACCCAUCACUUGCCGAUACCGUCUUUGUAGAUGGCGAGUUCCGCUCUGGCCCAACUCGGUUCAUCAACCAUUCCUGCGACCCGAAUUUGCGGAUCUUCGCCCGUGUCGGACCUCAUGCCUUGAAGCGAUUCCAUGAUCUGGCUUUCUUCGCCGUCAAGGAUAUCCCGGCUGGUACGGAGCUGACUUUUGAUUAUGUGGAUGGGGAAGAUGAGAAGCUGGAGGAGGAGAAGAGGGAUCGCAGGAAGAAAAAGGAGAUGACGAAGUGUCUGUGUGGAUCGGACAACUGUCGUGGCUAUCUAUGGUAG